AUGAAAGCCAAAUCCUCCCACUCAAGCACGUACAACAGGCUUGUCACGGUGGCUGUUGCCUUUGGAUCUCUAACAUAUGGAUUCUCAUCUUCAGUCAUCGGAGGCACCAUCGGUCAACCCGGCUGGUAUGAAUACUUUGACCUCCCUAUGCAGGGGGAGGAAGGCUAUGGUGGAAAGACGACAAACGCGAUUGCAACAGCGAAUGGGCUUUACAGUGCCGGUGGCGCUCUUGGGUCUCUCUUCGUGAUGUGGUCGGCAACUGCAAUGGGCCGCAAACGCAGUAUUCAACUUGGGGCUCUUUUCGCUAUCAUCGGGGGUGCCUUCCAAGGCGGCGCAGCCGCCCUGGCUAUGUUUCAUGUUGGUCGAAUCAUCAGUGGUAUCGGUAUUGGCAUCUUGGUCACCGCUUGUCCAAUGUAUCUCUCGGAACUAGCGCCUCCUGAGAAUCGCGGCUGGCUUGUUGGCCAUCACGCUAUUUUUCUGGUGUUCGGCUACACUCUCGCUGGGUGGCUCGCAUUUGCUUGUUACUACGCCACUGGCCAGAGCCCUUCAUUUGCCUGGCGCUUCCCACUAUGCAUGCAAGUUUUUCCGCCUUUGAUGCUUGGCAUCUUUUCGAUCUGGAUUCCUCGCUCGCCUCGAUGGUUGCUUCAGCAGGGCAAGGUUGAAGAAGCGUGGAAGAUAAUCAUAGCUCUGCGUCGCUCGCCCGAUGACCCAGAUGACCUCGUCGCGAAAGAAGAACUCUACCAAACAAAGCAGCAGAUCGCGCUAGACAGAGCAAAACUACAGGCUGUGGGUUACGGGCCGUGGAUGGCCUGUCUGAAGAAGAAAAGCUACCGAAAGAGAAUGAUUAUCGGUUUUCUCACCCAGUGGGGAGCUGAAUUUAGCGGGCCGCUUGUGAUCAACAACUAUCUUGUGAUUUUGUUCACCAAUCUUGGACAAACAGGGUCUAUGCCUCUUCUCUUGUCAGCGGUGUGGGUGACUACAGCAGGCCUCAUCUACAACCCCCUCGGUGCUUGGCUUCAUGACAAAGUGAACUCUCGCCGUUUUAUGUACAUGUUCGGGACCGCUGGCUGCCUUGUUACAACUGCGAUCCUCUGUGCGCUCCUGGCGACCUAUGCAGGAACUACUAAUACCGGCGGUAAUGCUGGAGGCGUUCUCAUGACAUUCUUGUAUUUGACUUUCCAGGGCACAUUUUGCGACACAACGAUGUACCUUUACGUUAGCGAAAUCUUUCCAACAGAAAUUCGACCUAUUGGGAUGGGGUUUUCGCUUUUUGGGCAAUUUGCUGCUACGAUUAUCCUAUUGCAGACUGCCCCGAUCGGGUUUGUCCAUGUUGGCUGGAAAUACUACCUUGUUAUCGUUUGUUGGUGCAUUAUUUACAUACCCAUGAUUUACUUCUUCUGGCCGGAGACCGCGCGCCUCUCUCUGGAAGAGAUCUCGAAACAGUUCGGUGACGACGUGGCAGUACAUGUCAACGACAUCAGUGCAGAGCAGAGACGAGAACUGGAUGAAUUCCUGAGGGCGAGAAAUGUGCAAUCCCUCGACUCCGGCGAUGUUGUUGCUGGCGUUGAUGGCCAUGAAAAGAUGAAUUCAACGACCGUACCUUCAAUUGAGGUGGAGGAUAAGACCAGGGAGAAGGUGUGA